AUGCACAGCGGUCCUCAGCUCAUUCCUCACACCAUGGCACUCUCGCGCUAUCUCAUGCUGCUCGUCGUCUUCGCCGUCGCCCUCGCCGCGCAUCUUCCCAUCGGCGCUACCGCCCUCCACGGCGUCGGGUCGCCCACCUCGCUCCGCGCUCCAGACGACACCAUCCAGGCCACAGGAGAAGCGCAUGCGGACGGCGCGCGGCGCACUGCGCUCGCGAGGCGCGCGGAAGCAGUCUUCCGCUCGGCGGGGAGCUCCGCGACGGCGGGUGGGCCGCAAUCACUCCUGUCAAUGCUGCCGGCGCGCGCUCUUCCCCGUCGCGCGCUCAAGGAGAGCGCGACAGACCUGAACUCGCCGCUGCAGGUCGCUGAAACGGACAGCGAGAGCGACACUAUCGAGGACAAGGACUUCGAGGAGGUCGUGCUUGACGACGGAGCGGCGGAGAUCGGCGGAUUUGCCCGCAGAGGGCUCGCGGAGGGCCAGCAACACGACGUGAAAAAGGUUGGGGGUGAAUUGGCGAAGAAGGCGGGAGAAAAGUUGGCGAAAAAGGCGGCAGAGACUGUGGCGAAGAAAGCAUUGGAGUCCGUGGGCGGUUCGGCAGUAGGAGGGGUUGCUUCGAUCGUAGGCGUGGGAGGCGGGCCUACCAUGCUUGGUAAGGUCGGCGCGGACCUUGAAAAAUCCGGCAAAGUUGGACGCGUUAUCGGAAAGGUGAUGCAGAACAAGGUCGUGAACGCCGUAGUGAAUACGGUGGUGCCCAAGCCGCUGAUGAUGGGGCUGAAUGCUGUGGCGGGGAAAUACGAGGAUGUCAAGAAGGGGGUGGUGGUAGCGGGGAAAGAGAUUGGGAAGGGUGCUAAAGCUGCUGUGAAGGGGGUGGGGAAGGCUGGAAAGGCGGUUGGGAAGGCCGUGGGUGGUGCAGCGAAAGGUGUAGCGAAGGGGGUGGGGAAGGCAGGGAAGGCGGUUGGGAAGGCCGUAGGUGGUGCAGCCAAAGGUGCAGUGAAGGGGGUGGGGAAGGCUGGGAAGGCGGUUGGGAAUGCUGCUAAGAAGAUCGCAGGUGGUAUCGCAGGCCUUUUCAAGAAGAAGAAAAAGGCCAGUAAGUAG